GUCAAGAGGAAGCUGAACUUGGAGACGGAUCACCAGUACAUAGCGGAGAGUUUGCCAGUGAGCCGGGGCAAGGCCAGGAACCCUGCUAAAGGGGCAAAGUCUCCUGGAGAGAAAUCCCGCUAUGAAACCUCCCUGAACCUCACCACCAAGCGCUUCCUGGAGCUGCUGAGCCAGUCCCCAGAUGGUGUGGUGGAUCUCAACUGGGCGGCUGAGGUCCUGAAGGUGCAGAAGAGGCGCAUCUACGACAUCACCAAUGUCCUGGAGGGCAUACAGCUCAUCACCAAGAAGUCCAAGAACCACAUCCAGUGGCUGGGCAGCCAGGCCACGGUGGGAGCGCCAGGCCAGCACCGGCUGCUGGAGAAGGAGCUGCGGGAGCUGCAGGCGGCCGAGCGGCAGCUGGAUGACCUCAUCCAGAUGUGCACGGUGCAGCUGCGCCUGCUCACUGAGGACCCCGCCAACCAGCACGCAGCCUAUGUGACCUGCCAGGACCUCCGCAGCAUUGUGGACCCCGCGGAGCAAAUGGUGAUGGUUAUCAAAGCUCCCCCUGAGACCCAGCUGCAGGUCUCAGAUGCAGCAGAGGCGUUCCAGGUCUCCUUGCGAAGCACUCAGGGCCCCAUUGACGUGUUCCUCUGCCCCGAGGACAGCUCGGGGGUCUGCAGCCCCGUCAAGAGCCCCUUCAAAGCCCCUGCAGAGGACUCUUCUCCCAGCCAUUCACAGCCCAGAGCCUCCCUGCUCCUGCAUCCCGCCCAGGAUGUGAACAUGCCGCUGCUGCCCGGAGAGCAAGAAGCGCUGCUGCCAGGGCCGAGUGUGCUGCCUGGCAAGAGCCCGGAGGAGGAGGUGAGCCUGUCUCCACUGGCCUCCAUGGACAUCCUGCUGGAGCAGAGCAGGGAGGACUUGGCGGGUUUCUUGGCCGAUGAGUUCAUCAAUCUGUCGCCGCCGCAGGCGCAGGACUAUCACUUUGGGCUGGAGGAGGGCGAGGGCAUCAGCGAGCUCUUCGACUGCAACUUUGGGGACUUCACCCCCUUGGACUUCUGAAGCUGUGCCCGCCCUGGUGCUUGGGGGAGCUGCCAGGGGAGGGGGCAGCCCUGGCAGGGCGGGCAGGGCAGGGCAGCCCCUCAGGCUCCAGCGCCCGCUGUUCCUCCCCCAUCCCUUUUUGCAAUAUUUUCUCCUUAUCCCUCCAUCCCCCCAGCCUGGUGGGGGCCGAUGGCAUCCUCAGCUCCAGCCCCACAAGGAGGGUGCCAGGGUGGGGUUCCCAUCUUGGGAGACCCCCCCACAGGGCCCUGAUCAGGGGAAACUGCCCAGGGCAGAGCCUCUGCCCCCCAGGAGCCCAUUCCAGAGCUUUAAGCAGUCCUGUGUAUAGAUUAAUGAUUUGAUUAAUUUAUUAUUGUCCCCUGGGGACAGCGUUUCAUUUCCAUGGGGGUUUGGGGGGGCUGUACAGCUGAGGGGGUGCUGAGAGUUUUUGUUGUGCUGGGAGGGGGUGGUGGAGGUGUGGGGGGUGCUGGGCCAGGGCUGUCCCCCUGCAUGGGGGCUGCCCACAGCCUGUCUGAGCGUGGGGUAUUUAUUUAUUAUUUAUGGCGUGUGGAGCUCUCCCAGGACAUGGAGGGAGCAGGAGGACAGUGCUGGAGGGACCCAGAGGGUGCCACCAGGGUCUCACCAGCACAUCCUGGCUUUGCUUGUGUCCGAAAUGGGGCUGGCAAGGCCAUGGCUGUGGCAGGUGGCUGCAGGAGCGGGGAUGGGGCUGGUGGCCCUGGGACCAUGUGCGUGUCCCCUGGGGGCACAGAGGUGUCCAGGGGAGCGUCUCUGCAGGUGAGCACCCAACGCUGUCUCCAGGCUUUCCUUCCCCUCCCUGUGCAGCCAUUCAGCCCUUUGGCUCUGGCUCUCCAUCCCCAGGCCACGGGGGCUGGGAGAGGAGGGGAGGGGGGUCCUGGGGUCCCCUGGGCUGAGCUGGAGACGCACUUUGACUUUCACUGCCAUUUAACAAGCUUGUGUUCCUCUGAGCUUUGUGUUCAAUAAAGGUUUCUACUGACUGUC